UUUAUUUGUUUUUUUUUUCUUUCGAGGAGAUGACAAAGUCCCGAAGAUGCUGCGUAGAGCUCUGGCACAGCUGUCGCUGAACAGCAUGAAAUCGGCGGAUCUCUGCAUAGGGAGGCCGGCCCUGCUCACCUCCGCUGAGGGGCGGCAGGAGGUCUGUAUUGCCUGGCCCACCACAGGCUUCCCAGGGGGGAGAAUUGGGCUGGGUGAAACCACGCAGAAGAACCUGAAAGUAAAUCCAGGUGAUGCUGUCACUGUGCAGCCUGUGACUGGUGCAGUCAUCCAGGCAGAGGAAGUCGAUGUAAAGUUGAGGGACAAAGAUGCCACCGUGAAUGCUGAGGAAAUGUCUGUCUGUCUACUGAGAAACCUUGAUGGGAAAAUAGUCCUGCCAGGAAACCUCUUGGCUUUCACUUACUACGGCAAGCUUUGCAACAUCGUGGUGAUGAAAGUGAAAGGGACUGACGGUGCCGAGCUGAUUGCCCAGGGCAGCGCCAUUCCCGGUGACUGCAGUGAGCCAGACCUUGAGAGAUCAGAUUUGGAGAGCAGUGCCUUAGACCUGUCCUUACAGCUCGGCAGGAUGGACAUUGGUGACAGCCCAGAGGUUGCCUCCACGAGCACCCCGAGCAAAGCCGUGGAUCCAAGCUCACCAGCCACACCCUGCGCUCCCGACUCCGGGCACAGAGACAAAACCUUCAGCGCAGGAGAUGGUGCAGACCUCACCCAAGAUCUGGAGCUGGCUGGGGAGCACAGCACGGAGGGACUCCCACUACCUGGCAAAAUUGGAGCAAUGAGCAAUACAGAUUGUUUUUACUUCAUUUCUUCAAGAACUAAAAUCAAUUUUAUUGAACCAAGGACCGGUGUAGCAGCGGAUGGCGACUGUGAGUCCCGCGUCACCUAUGACAUGAUAGGAGGCUUAAGCAGCCAGCUCAGAACUAUUAGAGAAACUGUUGAACUGCCCUUGAAGCAACCUGAACUGUUCAAGAGUUACGGGAUCCCUCCUCCUAGGGGAGUGCUGCUCUAUGGCCCUCCAGGAACUGGGAAGACCAUGAUUGCCAAGGCCAUCGCAAACGAGGUUGGUGCUCACGUUACCGUCAUUAACGGCCCUGAAAUCAUAAGCAAAUUUUAUGGGGAGUCUGAGUCGAGGUUACGUCAGAUAUUCGCUGAGGCUUCUCUCUGUCGCCCCUCAAUUAUAUUUAUAGAUGAGUUGGAUGCACUCUGUCCAAAGAGAGAAGGGGUUCAGAAUGAAGUGGAAAAGAGAGUUGUUGCUUCACUCCUGACAUUAAUGGAUGGCAUUGGCUCAGAAGGCAGUGAAGGGCAGCUGUUGGUCCUUGGGGCCACCAAUCGCCCUCAUGCCCUGGAUGCAGCGCUGCGCAGGCCCGGGCGUUUCGAUAAGGAAAUAGAAAUUGGAAUUCCCAAUGCCCAGGACCGUCUGGACAUACUCCAGAAGCUUCUCAAGAAGGUUCCCCAUUCGCUCACAGCAGAGCAGUUGGCCCAUCUGGCUGAUAGUGCACAUGGUUAUGUGGGUGCAGACUUGGCAGCCUUGUGCAAGGAAGCAGGUUUGUACGCCCUGCGGAGAGUGCUGGGGAAGAGGCCCGGCCUGUGGGACGCUGCGGUGGCUGGGUCAGUGAUGAUUGCUUUCAAUGACUUCCUGCAGGGGAUGAAUGAUGUCAGGCCCAGCGCCAUGAGGGAGGUGGCAAUUGAUGUGCCAAAAGUAUCUUGGUCAGACAUAGGAGGACUGGAAGAUGUCAAGCUGAAGUUGAAACAGGCAGUUGAAUGGCCUCUCAAACAUCCAGAGUCCUUCAUCCGAAUGGGGAUCCAGCCUCCCAAAGGUGUCCUGCUUUAUGGACCUCCUGGGUGCUCAAAAACCAUGAUAGCAAAAGCUUUGGCUCAUGAAAGUGGCCUCAACUUCUUGGCAGUGAAGGGGCCUGAGUUGAUGAAUAAAUACGUUGGUGAGUCUGAGCGAGCAGUGAGAGAGAUCUUCAGGAAAGCCAGAGCAGUGUCUCCUUCAAUUCUUUUCUUUGAUGAAAUAGAUGCCUUGGCAGUUGAAAGGGGAAACUCUUCAGGUGCUGGGAAUGUAGCAGACCGUGUCUUGGCUCAGUUGCUGACGGAAAUGGAUGGGAUAGAACAGCUGAAGGACGUGACAAUUCUGGCAGCUACAAACAGACCGGACAUGAUAGACAAGGUCCAUGCAAUAUUUGCAGUGCAUGAGUUGUACUUUUUCCCUUCCCUGGAAGAAAGAAGAUGACACCAGAAAGCAUUUGUACUUCAGUAGUGGGAAAUCUUUUAGUGGGGGCUUGUAGUUUACUCUGUAAUUGGUGAUCCGUUUGAGAAGGUAAGAAUUUGUUAAAUUAAUAUUUUAUAUGGAAAUAGUUAUGUAUGACAAUGAGUGUCCUGUUUUUAUAGGUAUGCAUGGUGACCAUACAGUGAUAUUUUUUUAAGGCAUGACUUUUACAUAUGGUAUAAAAGUGCAAUGCAGUUUCUGCUCUCUAUUUCCAAGGACUGCAAAAACGUCUGGAAUAGUUUUUUUGUGAAUAUUCUUCAGCUUUUCAAAGCAAAAAAUGCUUGAGGAAUGUGUGUUUUAUGCCUGCAAAAUUGGUAACAAUCCAUCCAGCAUUUUAAUUUAUGUGGCUCCUGCUUAACUGACAAUGAUGUGAUGAUUAAUCUCUUGUAAUUUGCAAACAGCACGUGGGGAUAUCAAAAAUAAGGGUAUUCCCCUGAGCCUAUGCAGACUUCACUGUCCCUGGAAACACCACAGCACGUUGCUUUCGGAGACUGAAUAGAUUUGAGUCAGACUUUAUACAAAGUUAUGUGUAAUGGGGAACUUGUUUGGACUUGUUACAGAUGCCUGUUAAUAACAUAUUUCUCUAAGAUGUCAUGAUUGUAUUGAAAUAUUAUUGCAUCUUAAAGUUGUAUCUCGUGUUUGUGUCUCAGCUACUUUGCAUCUCAUUCAUGUGAUGCUGGGGAGACUUUGGAAUUGUUUCUAUUUUCUGUAAGAAUAUAAACCCAGCACGUACUGUUUUCAGCCA